AUGGCUCCUGGAAAUCUCACCUGGGUCACUGAGUUUGUUCUCACAGGUAUCUCAGACCAGGCAGAGCUCCAGAUUCCACUCUUCCUCAUUUUCCUGGGGAUCUACGGGCUGACGGUGGCAGGGAACCUGGGCAUCAUCACCCUCACCAGUGCUGACUCUCGACUUCAGACCCCCAUGUACUUUUUCCUCCGGCACUUGGCUAUCAUCAAUCUUGGGGGUUCUAGUGUCAUUGCCCCUAAAAUGCUGAUCAAUUUUUUAGUGAAGAAGAAAACCACCUCCUACUAUGAAUGUGCCACCCAACUGGGGGGGUUCUUGCUUUUCAUUGUAGCUGAGGUGUUCACAUUAGCCGUGAUGGCCUAUGACCGCUAUGUGGCCAUUUGCAAUCCGCUGCACUACAUGGUGGUGAUAUCUCGGCACAUCUGCCUUCUACUGGCUUUCCUCACAUACCUUUAUGGCUUUUCCACAGGUAUUGUGGUUUCCUCUAGUAUAUUCUCUCUGUCAUUUUGUUCUUCCAAUGUAAUCAAUCAUUUUUACUGUGAUAUUGUCCCUCUGUUAGUAUUGUCCUGCUCUGACACUUACGUUCCAGAAACAAUAGUAUUUAUAUCUGCAUCUACAAAUUUGGUUUUAUCUAUGAUAAUAGUUCUAGUAUCUUAUUUCAACAUUCUGUUGUCCAUUCUAAGGAUACGUUCGUCGGAAGGAAGGAAAAAGGCCUUUUCCACAUGUGCUUCACAUAUGAUGGCAGUCACAGUUUUUUAUGGGACACUGCUAUUCAUGUAUUUGCAGCCUCAGGCUAACUACUCACUGGAUACUGAUAAAAUAGCUUCCGUGUUUUAUACACUGGUGAUCCCCAUGAUGAAUCCCAUGAUUUACAGCCUGAGGAAUAAGGAUGUGAAGGCAGCCUUAAACAGAUUUCUGACAAACUCAUGCAAUUCUUUUAAAUGA